UACAUGUGCGAUUGGCUGGGAGCAACUCGAACAGUUCAAGCCGGAGCAGUCGUCAAUGUUGUUGGUUCUCUGCUUACGCCGUAUGUUUCGCGUAAUGUCGGGGCUCUUGGUGUCAUCAUUAUCAGGUUUCUGAUGGGAUGUGGUCAAGGUGUUUUGGUGCCUUGUAUGAGUGUUCUCAUUGCUCACUGGUUCCCUGUAUCUGAAAAGAGCACCGCUGUUGCUAUUGCAACCACCGGUAAUCAGCUUAACAAUUGGGCUCAUAUUGGCCGUGCUCUGGCCUCUUUCGGCAUUCAGCAAAAGGGCGUCGGUUGGGAUGAAGGUGUUGCAUUAUAG